GCGAAAAAUACCACCGGGAAGGGCCCCAAAUGGAGGAGGCCGGACGGGGGGAGUGGUCCGGCCUGGCCGGACCUGAAUAGUUGUGUGUGUGUGUGUGUGUGUGUGUGUGUAUAUAUAUGGAAAUUUCAACGGAAUGAUAUGGAUUAUGGAAAUUUCCUGUUAUGGAGGCAUGAUACAGGAAAAAAAAGCUUAAUUGAUCUUUUCAGAAAGAAUCUGCCUGGAAUCAUUUGUUGGUUCAUCUGGAAAACCUAUUCGAGUAUUAUUUGGGGAAAUGGAGGAGACAGUCCCAAUCCUGAUAAAAUUAUCCUUCAAAUUAAGCUUUACACUCAAACCUGGAUUUCUGGUAUUUCUAUUUCAACAUACAGAGAAAUUGGGAACGUUUUAGCGGAUGAAGGGCUUAUUCCCAGAAAUUUUACAAAUCAACAUUUUAGGAUGCAGAUAAUCAAGUGGGUCAAGCCAAGAAAAAAGUGUAAGCUUAAUGUGGAUGCUAGCUACUUAUCUGGGAAUGCAUUUGGCGGAGCUAUUAUGCGUGAUGAAAAUGGAGGUUUGCGGUCGGCGAUCAGUUUUCCGGUGCAGGCUUCAUCUCCCUUGGAUGCUGAACUCCGUGCGAUAUUCUUUGCAGUAGAUUGGGCGAUUGACCUUGGUUUUGAAAGCUUUCAGGUAGAAACAGAUUCAGCUCUUGCUCUGAAGUAUAUCGAGGGUAAGGCAGGUCGCAGAUGGGAAGAUAGAAUUCAGGCAACUACACAGAUUUGUUUUAGUAAGCGGAUCACAUUCAGACAUACCUUGCGGGAAGGUAAUUGGGCCGCUCACCACUUGGCCCAAAUUGCAGUGGACAGUCCGAAAAUUUACUCUCAGAUUGAUCAGCUUCCCAUUUUUGUUAAACGUUCUUAUUGGAUGGAUUUUUAUGGCAUUCCUUCUUUUAGAUACUGAACUCUUGUUGUUUUAUUAUUUAUCGGGUAAGGUUUGGUCCCCUCGAAUUUCUUUGUACUGAAUUCUCAUUAAUAAAACUUGGUAAAUGUUCCCCUGGCAUUUACCCCACUGAUUUUGGUGGUUGACC